GCUAAUUUUCUUAGUGGCUGAUAGUUUGAGCCUGGUCACAUUUUUCUGUGUAUCAUACACUGUAUGUUUGUUGCCCUGCGUUGCAGUUGUGAACGAUCGGCUUCUUAAAGUAAAGAAAUUGAAUUUAAAAGAAACAUGGCGGCGGCAGAUCCAAGAAUACGAAAUAUUAAAAUUAAGACCGGCGUUGUCAAAAGAUUGACUAAAGAAAAGUCUAUGUAUGAACAAGAAGCAAAACAAUUUGCUGAGAAGGUUGAAAAGAUGAAAGCUGAUAAAAAAGAUGAAUACGACAUAAGAAAACAGACUGAAGUUGCUGAAGAAUCGAAAAUGAUGAUUCCUGAUACAUUAAGAAGACUUGGUUCGGCAACUAAUGAACUGGAAAAUAUAUUGAAACAAGAAGACGAUUUGGCUGAAACUGAAGAAUAUAAGGCUGCACGGGAAUGUCUUGUCCUCGCUAACAAUGCUAUAGCCUAAUCAACAUGCAUCAUUUACUGGAUGAAAACUUGAUAUCACAGAUAUUGUACAGUCUCGAGAUUAUUACAGAAGAAUGACGAUGGACAACCCUGUUGAGUUUUCAAGACUUGAUUACCAUCUUUGGUUCUAUUUCAGAGAUAUGCUAAACUGUGUUAUGAUUCAUGCAUUAUUUUAUGUUUGUGACUAUUCCGAAGAAACAUUCUUUUGAAAGCAGAAUGUGUGUUGUGAAGUCAACUUCAUAGAAAAAUUCACAUCCUAAUUUAAGACACUGAAAUAAUUUGUUAUACAUGUAUUGAUAACUUUAUAAAUAUUCUUCGUUCUGAAGCUUUGAUAUAUUUUUAUAUAUCAGCAAUGCUUGUUCUGCAUCCUGUUUUAAAAUUAAGAAAAAAGCUGAUUUAAAAUAUUCUAAAAUGCACCUGAACAUCUGUAAUUCCGAAAUGUUUCGUGGAAGCUUACACUUCAUCACCAUAAGUGGUUGGUAUCGAUCAUGGAUGGAUGCCUCUAAACUUUCCCCACAAGAUGGCUAUCAGGUCUGCUCGACUGCAGUUUUGAAGCUUGGAGGGGGAAAGGAAAAGAAAAGCUUAGAGGUUGCAACCAGAUGUCUUAAAUUUGAGGGACAAACCCUAUUAUUCUCAUGUCUUUGUCCAUGCAAAAACAUUCUUAUUUUCAUGCUUCUGUUCAUGCAAAAAACAUUCUUAUUUUCAUGCUUCUGUUCAUGCAAAUUAUCCCCCCUUAUUUUCAUGCCUCUGUUCAUGCAAAUAUCAUUAGUAUUUUCAUGCUUUUCAUGCAAAAAUACAUUUUUGUCCUUGUACCUGUAUUCAUGCUUGUCAUUUUGCACUGUAUAAUUAAUGAUGAUUGUUCAGUUUACAUGCCAUUCAAAUAAAUCCCUGUUUACGUCGUGUAGAACAAAUCAGUUUUCAAGUACACCACAAGGUUCUCCAAUCCAAGUUUACAAAUUUGAUUCACUUAACGGAACGAUCAGUUGGCUGUCUAAGAAACCACAUAACCAGAAGUGCGGUCAUCUGGAAUGUGACUGAAAACUGGAUUAAAAAGGCUUUUUUUUAGCAUUGCAAAUCAAGU